AUGAAGAAAUACAAGGAUAGCUAAUCGGCGGAUUGUAUUUACAUGGAAACUAUUCACAAUUUACAAAUAAGAUCAAAUAUUAGAAUGAUACAAAAUAAACAAAUCAAUCCGCCAUAAACUCCAAAACCGAUGUCAUAAAAUUAAUCGCGAAGAAUCGUAUGUAGGUUAAAUAGUUAGGGUAAGAAACUACAAAGGAGUCUUAGUAAUCGAUACUUCAGCUACAGGAUAACAAGAUCCUUAUGAGCUAACUCUGCCAACCUAUGGUUAUCCAUUCCCACAGAAUUGCCUCGAAUAAUAAGCAACUCACUCUUGAAAAUAAGAGGUAAAAAAGAAGUUUGAAUUUGGAUACACAUCUAAAUAUGAUAAAACAAUAGCAUUUUUUAAAAAAAGGAGGAUAAGUUAGGCAAUCUCAAAAGGAAACUAAACCAUGGUAUCCGUUUGAAAGAAUGAAACGAAAACAAAAAUUAUUGACAACAAUUUUAGGGUAAAAAUAAAAUCACAAUACUUAAAACCAUUAAAUUUUAACUCAUUUCUAGUCUAUGGCUGAUUUAACAGGUUGGUAGAUCAAUGAAGAUCCAUAGAUAGAAAUACAAUGA